AUGAGUAUUCUAUUGCUUGGUGGUCGAGGGAAGACUGCUAGUCGCAUUGCUUCUUUGCUUCAUGAUGCGGGUCGUCCUUUUCUUGUAGCAUCCCGCUCAACCACUCCAAACAGCCCAUAUCACCAGGCAGUAUUCGACUGGACCAAGCCUGAUACCUAUGAAAAUCCCUUUGAUGAGGCUUUAGCCAAGGGCAUAGCACCAAUCUCUACGGUUUAUCUUGUUCCACCUCCAAUUUCUGAUUUAGCUCCACGUAUGAUUAGUUUCGUGGACUUUGCCAUUAAAAGAGAUGUGAAGAGGUUCGUGCUUCUUAGUGCAAGCACAAUUGAAAAAGGGGGGCCGGCAAUGGGGCAGGUCCACCAGCAUCUUGACUUACUAAACAAAAUAGAAUAUGCUGUCUUGAGACCAACAUGGUUUAUGGAGAAUUUCUCUUGCGACAAUGAGCAACAAAAUAUAUCUAUCAAAAAGGAGAACAAAAUCUACUCUGCCACCGGAGACGGCAAACUUCCGUUCGUCUCAGCGGAUGAUAUUGCUCGAGUGGGAUUUUGUGCGUUGACAGGCGAAAAGAUCCAAAACACGGAACAUAUCAUCGUGGGUCCUGACCUAAUCACAUAUGAUGAUAUUGCGACGAUUCUUUCAUCUACACUUCAGAGACAGAUUACCCAUGUGAAGAUGUCCGGAGAGGAGUUGGUUAAAAUGCUAGAGUCUACGGGCAUGCCUACUGAAGACGCCAAAAUGCUAGCUGAAAUGGACAGUAUGGUAAAGGACGGAGUGGAAGAGAGGCUAAAUCAUGUUGUAGAAGAGGUAACGGGCACCCCCCCAGUGUGUUUCAAAGAUUUUGCAGUUCGUAACAGAGCGGCCUGGGUCUGGAAUAGUGCAUAA